AUGGAAAUCGUGCCUGAGGGGAAAAAUUUUCGAUUGGUAACAAAAGACGAGCUCCCAGCUGUGGCGGAUGUUUUAGUUCAGUAUAUGCCUGAAUCUCUUAAGUUUCAUCAGACGAUUCAAACAUAUCUAAACAAUAAGGUUUGGGACUUUCAUUUUUAUGUGGCGAAGAAUUGGCCGGAGGAACCGAUUUGCUUACACUUUCCCGGCUGUACCAGUACGCCAAACAGCCAUCCCUAUGAAAGUGUAACGAUAUUCUGUCCAUCGGAGCGUUCUGAACUGGUGGACCUGGUCACCAGCGAAGACAUCUUGCUGGACCUCACGAAACCAUUGUACCUGAACUUCACUCACGAAGCUAUCGUGAAUCGCUUCGAGAAACGAUAUGAAGCUCAAGAUAAGAUUACUGGAGAUGUGUAUGUCUGUGAUAACCCUCCAACGGAUUGUAAUGAAGAACUGCCACAGGACGUGGAGUUAGUUCGCCUUCAGCCAAAGCACAUGCAAGCAGUGCAUGACCUCUACCCGGCGAGUGACAUUGAAUGCCGCGAAGUCUUCGAAAAGCUCGUCGCCGAAUUACCCGCCUAUGGAAUCUUCGUCGAGGGACAAUUGGCCGCUUGGAUGGUCCAAUCUUACUAUGGCGCCAUGUUCUCCAUGCAGACACGCCCAGAGUUCCGCCGAAAAGGCUACGGGAUCUACUUAGCUCGGCGUCUCACCAAAGAAGUAGCGGCUCGCGGCUACAAACCGUUCGUCGUGAUUCGUCCGGAAAACGACGCCUCUCGCUCUCUCUACUCUAAGCUUGGCUUCGAGAAAUGUUUCCGAACGGUCCGCGCCGUUUUACAUCCGCGCUAA